UGUUCUUCUGGGGGAUAACGGUAACGACAAUAAGUCAAGUUGUUUCUUUCUUGCUGAAACUUUAACGCUCUGUUAUACUUCAUGAUUGAAUUGUUGGUUUCAGAUGAUAAACCUCAUGAAGAAGAAGUCCUCUGUCUGUCAGCUGACACACACACACACACACACACACACACACACACACACACACACACACACACACAGAGUUAUCUCAGCUCUGCUCUCUGUUUAGAAAUAACCUCCACAGAGGAACAUGACAUAUAUGGCUCUGCCGUCACUUUCUUCCUGUUACGUAACAGCUUCGCUUGUUCCCGCCCACCUCGUCUCUUUACAAACGGCGCCACAAACACGAAGUGAAUGUGCUGUAAACGACGUUUGUCCCCGUGAUUCUCCGUUAACCGUGUGUUUACCGUCUGACCUUCGUCGCCGUGCUUCAGUUCAGCUCCUUUACCGAGUGUUUCUGUUGGAAAAACUUAUUUAGAACCGUUUGUUUUGGUGAAAGCUUCAACAUUAACCCUGAUACGUGACGACGUCUCACAUAUGGACACCGCAGAACCAAACCUCAUAUAAAAAUAUGUCCAAACGAGAUUAAACGCGGUUAUUGUCGAGAUAUCACCGUAAAACUGGAAAAGUCAGUGACUGUUAUCAGCAAUAACAACACUCUUUCAUUCGGCAUACCUGUCAUGCAUCACAGAGAGCGCCUAUGUCGAUAAAUAAAACUUUUGUACAAUAUUUGACCUCUCUUCCCUGCCUUGUCUGACCGGUAGUAGUUUCAUUAAAACAUAGUGGAACAUCGGCGGUACCGCUGAGUUUAUUGUGUGAAAUUGCAUUUUAUGAUAAGUUGUAUCAUAAAGAGUAUUUUUUAAAAUCGGUUUAUGUUUUUGUUUAUCGAAAGAAGCCCGUAUUGUAGCCAAUGAGCAUGAAAACCUAAAGUGUUGAUUGUUGAAUGAGGUUUGGUGUACAGCUCUCCCGCACGUAUCCGGGCAGGGCUUCCUGCGGCGUCACAACCGACAAGGAAGCCCGCUCAGCCAAUAGAGACGUUCCUCUGCCAGGGAUAAAGCGCGCGAGGCCAAUAAGCGUGUAGAGUGGCGGGUAAUUUUUUACUAGCUCGCCUGUGAUUGGACAAAUCUCCAGCAGAUGGCGUCAUUUCCCUCGUGGCGCCGCGUUCGUAUCGACCAACAGCGUCACAAGAAGAGGUAUGUCCAAUUAGAAUGGAAGAAUCCUUCAGCCAAUAGGAAUUCAACAUUUCGACCAGCGCUGUCAGCACAGCCAAUCAGAGGCCGGGAAACAGAGCUCGGGGCUCAACAGCUUGUUGUUCGUGAAUCGCUUUGCUGCCGUUCGAGAGGGGAAGAAGCCGCCGCGUCCGUGAAUGUAAGUACCGAACUCUCCGUUUCUCUUCGGAACCGAGUCCAAACUCAGAGCAGGUUCGAUGGUCGGCGGGGCCGGGGGUUCGGGGCCGGGGGCCGGGUGUCACAGGCGGGUGUGGGUGUUCGCAGUUGUCCGCGGUUGUGAGGGUCAGGCUGGGAUUGAAUGGCAGCGGCAGCAGCGGCUGUUUGUGCGGCGAAGAAGAAACGUGAAGCUCGGCGCCUUUGUGGAGGAAACGACACUUUUACAAUAAAUAUGAAUAUAUAAUAAUAUUACCGACGAGGAGGGGGUGUUAUUGUUGUUUAGUGGGGGGCAGACAGGGCGGUCAUGUUGGACAGAAACUUGGUUCAGGCUGUAAACGGAAGAGAAGCUCCGAGGAAGAAGAAGAAGAAGAAGAAGAAUAUCUCUUAUUGAACCUUUAAAUCAGUUAGCUUCACAGCUAACAUUAGCUCCGGGCUCAAACCUGCGCUCUCCUCACUCUCAUGUCCGGUUCUAACGGCCUCUGUGCGGACUUUGUUCGUGUCGAGACUCGGUUCUGUGUGUGUGGUUCUCCCCCCACAGCUGCUCCGGGUGUAGCAGGCGGGUUUGGGGGGUGGGGGUGAAGUUAGCAGAGCUAGCCGAGCUGACAUGGCUGUGAGCUGUGAUGGCGGAGUGACUCAGAGGAGGAGCAGUGGAGGAGGAGGAGGAGGAGCGGGAACAACGAACCUGCUCCGAACCGCUCUCUUUGGACCGUCAGCCCGGCGGAUCGGAACCUCCGUGAUCGGCCAAGGAGAACCGAUCUGGUUCAGAGCAGUUAGCUUUAGGAAGGGGGGGGGGGGGAAUGUCUGAGCAACACAAGUCAGAGCGGCUAGCCUGUUAGCUUAGCAUGAGCCCAGACCUCAGGACACUUUGACACCCGGUCCUGGUAUGUUCCGGUUUGUUCCGAUCUGUCCCGGUCCUCUGUACCGGUCUGUUCCGAUCUGUCCUGGUCUGUCCCGGUCCGGUUCCUCCUAAAACUAACUCUCAGUCCCUCUGUGUCCCUGUCUUUCAGUGAUCCGGAUUUCCUUCGAGCUGGACCCCCCCAAGUAACCGCAGAGAUGAAGGUGAGUGUUUGACCAGUCCUCAGAACCGGGUCUGGACCGGCCUCUGAUGAUCCUGGACCCGGGUCUGAGCAGUUUACAGAGUCUCCUGUCUGUCCAGUUUGUCCCUCUGUCUGAUCGGAACCAGGGUCGGCUGGUACUGGUUCUUCUACUGGUUCUUCUACCGGUUCCUCUGGUUCUUCUGGGUCCCAGCAGAACUAACUGAUCCGAGUUUUCAGUGAAGAGGAGAAACUCUAACACACACACACACUGGAGUUAAAUACCAGUACUUGUUGACGGACAGUUGGUCCACGCAGUCAUGUGACCUCUAACCAAUCGGAGCAGGACUUCAGAUGCUGGUUCUGAAGGUCCGUUCUUGUCUCUCAGAGUUUACUCCGUCAGUGAAGUCCUCACUGUUUCACCUCCAUCAGCUGAGCAGAAGGUCACCCUCCACCCAGAACCUGGUUCUGAUGGAGGACAGAGUUCCCCUCAGUCUGAGAAGUUCCUUCAUGUCCAAACGUGAAGGUGGUUCUGAGGGUAAAGACCUCCUCAGACCUGCUCCGUCACCGUUCCUCAGGUCUACACUUUGAGAGAAACUGAGACCUUCAGAGUCCGCUCACCUUCACCGUAACGCUGGGCUAACAAAGACCAGCAGGCUCAGACCAGGUCCCCCUCACUCAUGGAGGAGGUCUAAGACCCUCCAUCUGCAGACCAGGUCCUGAAGUGGUCCGGAUCUUUGACUGAAGAGCUUCACGGGUCAGAGGUGGACCAGGACUGAGCAGCUGGAGGACUGACAAAACCAACACAGAUCAGACUCAGAACCGUCUCUGUCAGGGUCUGAGGUCCAGUUCUGGUUCUGUCCCCUCCUGACCCCCCAGCAGCAGAAACAGUCCGGCUGCUCUGAUGUUACUGGUUCCCAGUUUUCCCAGUCUAGUGUCCCAUCAAAGUCCCGUCCUGUAAGGUCCUGUAUCCUUUGAUUUUGAACAGUUCUGGUUCUGGUUCUGGUUCUUUUAAAUGAGGUUGUUGACCAGAGUUCUUCUGAACUUCUCCAGGAGUUUGUUUGACUCUUCAAAGUCAGCAGAAGACAGAAGACCGUUUAUCGUUUCAUCUCUCUCCCUCUCUCUCUCUCUCUCUCUCUCUCUCUCUCUCUCUCUCUCUCUCUCUCUCUCUCUCUCUCUCUCUCUCUCUCUCUCUCUCUCUCUCUCUCUCUCUCUCUCUCCCUCUCUCUCCCUCUCUCUGUCUCUCUCUCUCUCUCUCUCUCUCUCUCUCUCUCUCUCUCUCUCUCUCUCUCUCUGUCUCUCUCUCUCUCUCUCUCUCUCUGUCUCUCUCUCUCUCUCUCUCUCUCUCUCUCUCUCUCUCUCUCUCUCUCUCUCUCUCUCUCUCUCUCUCUCUCUCUCUCUCUCUCUCUCUCUCUCUCUCUCUCUCUCUCUCUCUCUCUCUCUCUCUCUCUCUCUCUCUCUCUCUCUCUCUCUCUCUCUCUCUCUCUCUCUCUCUCUCUCUCUCUCUCUCUGUCUCUCUCCCUCUCUCUCUCUCUCUCUCUCUCUCUCUCUCUCUCUCUCUCUCUCUCUCUCUCUCUCUCUCUCUCUCUCUCUCUCUCUCUCUCUCUCUCUCUAUCUGUCUCUGCUUGCCACUCUCUGUCUCUCUCCCUCUCUCUCUCUCUCUCUCUCUCUGUCUCUCUCUCUCUCUCUCUCUCUCUCUCUCUCUCUCUCUCUCUCUCUCUCUCUCUCUCUCUCUCUCUCUCUCUCUCUCUCUCUCUCUCUCUCUCUCUCUCUGUCUCUCUCUCUGUCUCUCUCUCUCUCUCUCUGUCUCUCUCUCUCUCCUCUCUCUCUCUCUCUCUCUCUCUCUCUCUCUCUCUCUCUCUCUCUCUGUCUCUCUCUCUCUCUCUCUCUCUCUCUCUCUCUCUCUCUCUCUCUCUCUCUCUCUCUCUCUGUCUCUCUCUCUCUCUCUCUCUCUCUGUCUCUCUCUCUCUCUCUCUCUCUCUCUCUCUCUCUGUCUCUCUCUCUCUCUCUCUCUCUCUCUCUCUCUCUCUCUGUCUCUCUCUCUCUCUCUCUCUCUCUCUCUCUCUCUCUCUCUUGAAAUUUUAAAACUAGUUCCAGGAGAACCAGGAUCAGUUAGUCCUGGUCUGGUUAGUCCUGUUCAGGACUGUCUGCAGUGACACCUGCUGAAGACCCUCACAGAGGGGCCCUGUAGAGAGUCCCUGUAGAGGGUCCGGUGGGUUGUCCUCUUCCAGAACCUUUCACACAGACCCUGAGGGCUCCAUAUCAGGGACCAGAGGAGGUCCAAAUGAAACACCUGUGUGUGUGUGUGUGUUUGAGUCCUUGAGACUUUAGACCCCUUUAACUGGUCCUGGUCCUGGUCUCUAGACGGUUCAGGGGGUUUGAAGUGAUUUAGAAAGACUGGUUUCUCCUGAAAAACCUCAAACCCUCUCCGAUAGUCCUCGUUCAGUCAGACCCAGGUCCCCACACACACACAGACUGAGAUCAGACCAGGUCACCUGUUAGUCUGGGUCAGUCCUCUGAGAGGGUUUAAUGGACCUACCUGAGCUUUUGAGGACCCGGGUCUCAGUCUGGACUCUCUGGAACCAACAGUCCCUGCUGUUUUUGGUCAUGUGAUCAUGAGUCAUCGUUGAAAACAGAGACAUCUAGAUCCAAAGAUCUAGAUCUGAUCCUUUCCUUCCUACAGACGUCGGAGCAGAGCCUCAGCUGCAGUGCAUGCUGGGAGGGAGAGUGUGUGUCCUGAUGCCACUGACCUGUGUGUGUGUGUGUGUGUGUGUGUGUGUGUGUGUGUGUGUGUGUGUUCAGGCAGCAGACGAGCCUGCCUACCUGACCGUGGGGACGGAUGUCAGCGCCAAGUACAGAGGAGCGUUCUGUGAGGCCAAGAUCAAGACUGUGAAGAGGAUGGUGAAGGUGAAGGUAAGAGACGCCACUGAGCACGCUCAGAAACCACCUGAGACCGCCCUCCCUCAGGUCCUUCUGGUCUGGGGUCACAGACUGGUCUGUGUGUGUCUGUGGACUCACCCUCGUCCUCUUCUCUGCAGGUGACUCUGAAAGGUGAGAGCACGUCCCAGGUGGUGCAGGAUGACCAGGUUAAAGGUCCUCUGAGGGUAAGCUGCUGCUGCUGUCUCCAUGGUAACGGUAAACAUGUCUGUCAUGACAGUCUGGAUAAAGAGUGUGUGUGUGUGUCUCAGGUGGGCUCCACGGUGGAGGUGAAGACCAACGAGGGUCUGUCCAGUGAGGCCGUCAUCGGUAAGCUGACGGACGCCAGCCUCUACACUGUAGGUGAGUCUGAUCCUGCGCUCUGAUUGGUCCACACAGACCGUCACACACACACACACACCUAGAGGACGGUUUUCUUCAUGGAUCCCUGAAUCAGCUGAUGGUCACCUGUCAUGGUCACAUGAUCACACAGCGACCAUCUUUGGGUUCGAAUAGAAAGUAAGAUCCAGGUGUGACCUCUGCUGUCGGGGUCAACCUCAGAGGUCAUGUGACUGCGGUUUGUCGGGGGGAGGAGUGAUGAUGCUGAGAGAAGGUUUCGCUCAAUGACCUGAUGAUGUCAUAUGAUGUCACAUUAUCUCUUGGCUGUCUGACCAAUCCCCUGCCUGUUGGAUCACACAUUAGAGGUCAAAGUUCAAUGGUAUUAAAGGGGGCGGGGCCACCGACUAACUGAACUCUGUGUGUUUCAGUGUUUGACGACGGCGACGAGAAGACUCUUCGUCGUACGUCCCUGUGUCUGAAGGGAGAGAGACACUUCGCAGAGAGUGAGGUGAGUCCGGCACAGAUGGAGGGACUACUUUUCAGGGCCGUAUCCCUCCACCAGAGGACCGGACCCGAGUCUCCUCUGGUCCUUCAAAGUCCGAGAACAUCUUAGAGGGACUGUCAGGGAUCCUCUUCUUCUUCUUCUUCUUCUCGUUAAAGUCGCUGUGAGGAGUUUUGAAGCUGUUUUCUUCAAACAGGAGGAGAGAGGAGGAGAGAGGAGGAGACGGCUGACGUUAGUUUGUUAGACCUGUUUGAGGAGAUCAGACACACCUGAGUUUACCUGAGUUUACCUGUUUGUUUGUUUCUGUGUGUGAAACUCUCUAAACCCUGAAUAUGAGUCGAGUUUUUUCUUCUUCUUCUUCUGCUCAGACGCUGGACCAGCUGCCGCUGACCAACCCCGAACACUUUGGUACUCCGGUUAUCGGCAAAAAGACGAAUCGAGGAGGACGGCGCUCCUCCCAGGCUGUGUGAGUUCAUCACUCUGAGACUCGAACGAUCAGAUUGAUCAUUUCUGAGAGUUUCUUUGGAGGAACUGCAGCCUCCUGUUUGACCUCCUGUCUCACCUCCUGUUUCACCUCCUGUUUGACCUCCUGUCUCACCUCCUGUUUGACCUCCUGUCUCACCUCCUGUUUGACCUCCUGUCUCACCUCCUGUUUGACCUCCUGUCUCACCUCCUGUCUCACCUCCUGUUUGACCUCCUGUCUCACCUCCUGUUUGACCUCCUGUUUGACCUCCUGUCUCACCUCCUGUUUGACCUCCUGUUUGACCUCCUGUUUGACCUCCUGUCUCACCUCCUGUUUGACCUCCUGUUUGACCUCCUGUUUCACCUCCUGUUUGACCUCCUGUUUGACCUCCUGUCUCACCUUUUGUCUCACCUUCUGUUUGACCUCCUGUUUGACCUCCUGUUUGACCUCCUGUUUCACCUCCUGUCUCACCUCCUGUCUCACCUCCUGUUUGACCUCCUGUCUCACCUCCUGUUUCACCUCCUGUCUCACCUCCUGUUUGACCUCCUGUUUGACCUCCUGUUUGACCUCCUGUCUCACCUCCUGUUUGACCUCCUGUUUCACCUCCUGUUUCACCUCCUGUUUCACCUCCUGUUUGACCUCCUGUCUCACCUCCUGUCUCACCUCCUGUUUGACCUCCUGUCUCACCUCCUGUUUGACCUCCUGUCUCACCUCCUGUCUCACCUCCUGUCUCACCUCCUGUUUGACCUCCUGUUUGACCUCCUGUCUCACCUCCUGUCUCACCUCCUGUCUCACCUCCUGUUUGACCUCCUGUUUGACCUCCUGUUUCACCUCCUGUUUGACCUCCUGUCUCACCUCCUGUUUGACCUCCUGUUUCACCUCCUGUCUCACCUCCUGUUUGACCUCCUGUCUCACCUCCUGUUUGACCUCCUGUCUCACCUCCUGUCUCACCUCCUGUUUGACCUCCUGUCUCACCUCCUGUCUCACCUCCUGUCUCACCUCCUGUCUCACCUCCUGUCUCACCUCCUGUUUGACCUCCUGUCUCACCUUCUGUUUGACCUCCUGUUUGACCUCCUGUUUGACCUCCUGUUUCACCUCCUGUCUCACCUCCUGUCUCACCUCCUGUUUGACCCCCUGUCUCACCUCCUGUCUCACCUCCUGUCUCACCUCCUGUUUGACCUCCUGUUUGACCUCCUGUCUCACCUCCUGUCUCACCUCCUGUCUCACCUCCUGUCUCACCUCCUGUUUGACCCCCUGUCUCACCUCCUGUCUCACCUCCUGUCUCACCUCCUGUUUGACCCCCUGUCUCACCUCCUGUCUCACCUCCUGUCUCACCUCCUGUUUGACCUCCUGUUUGACCUCCUGUCUCACCUCCUGUCUCACCUCCUGUCUCACCUCCUGUCUCACCUCCUGUCUCACCUCCUGUUUGACCCCCUGUCUCACCUCCUGUCUCACCUCCUGUCUCACCUCCUGUUUGACCUCCUGUCUCACCUCCUGUCUCACCUCCUGUCUCACCUCCUGUUUGACCUCCUGUCUCACCUCCUGUUUGACCUCCUGUCUCACCUCCUGUCUCACCUCCUGUUUGACCUCCUGUCUCACCUCCUGUCUCACCUCCUGUCUCACCUCCUGUUUGACCCCCUGUCUCACCUCCUGUCUCACCUCCUGUCUCACCUCCUGUUUGACCUCCUGUCUCACCUCCUGUCUCACCUCCUGUUUGACCUCCUGUUUGACCUCCUGUUUGACCUCCUGUCUCACCUCCUGUUUGACCUCCUGUCUCACCUCCUGUCUCACCUCCUGUCUCACCUCCUGUUUGACCUCCUGUCUCACCUCCUGUCUCACCUCCUGUCUCACCUCCUGUUUGACCUCCUGUCUCACCUCCUGUUUGACCUCCUGUCUCACCUCCUGUCUCACCUCCUGUUUGACCUCCUGUCUCACCUCCUGUCUCACCUCCUGUCUCACCUCCUGUUUGACCCCCUGUCUCACCUCCUGUCUCACCUCCUGUCUCACCUCCUGUUUGACCCCCUGUCUCACCUCCUGUCUCACCUCCUGUCUCACCUCCUGUUUGACCCCCUGUCUCACCUCCUGUCUCACCUCCUGUCUCACCUCCUGUUUGACCUCCUGUUUGACCUCCUGUCUCACCUCCUGUCUCACCUCCUGUCUCACCUCCUGUUUGACCCCCUGUCUCACCUCCUGUCUCACCUCCUGUCUCACCUCCUGUUUGACCUCCUGUUUGACCUCCUGUCUCACCUCCUGUCUCACCUCCUGUCUCACCUCCUGUCUCACCUCCUGUUUGACCCCCUGUCUCACCUCCUGUCUCACCUCCUGUCUCACCUCCUGUUUGACCUCCUGUCUCACCUCCUGUCUCACCUCCUGUCUCACCUCCUGUCUCACCUCCUGUUUGACCUCCUGUCUCACCUCCUGUUUGACCUCCUGUCUCACCUCCUGUCUCACCUCCUGUUUGACCUCCUGUCUCACCUCCUGUCUCACCUCCUGUCUCACCUCCUGUUUGACCCCCUGUCUCACCUCCUGUCUCACCUCCUGUCUCACCUCCUGUUUGACCUCCUGUCUCACCUCCUGUCUCACCUCCUGUUUGACCUCCUGUUUGACCUCCUGUUUGACCUCCUGUCUCACCUCCUGUUUGACCUCCUGUCUCACCUCCUGUCUCACCUCCUGUCUCACCUCCUGUUUGACCUCCUGUCUCACCUCCUGUCUCACCUCCUGUCUCACCUCCUGUUUGACCUCCUGUCUCACCUCCUGUCUCACCUCCUGUUUGACCUCCUGUCUCACCUCCUGUUUGACCUCCUGUCUCACCUCCUGUCUCACCUCCUGUUUGACCUCCUGUCUCACCUCCUGUCUCACCUCCUGUCUCACCUCCUGUUUGACCCCCUGUCUCACCUCCUGUCUCACCUCCUGUCUCACCUCCUGUUUGACCCCCUGUCUCACCUCCUGUCUCACCUCCUGUCUCACCUCCUGUUUGACCCCCUGUCUCACCUCCUGUCUCACCUCCUGUCUCACCUCCUGUUUGACCUCCUGUUUGACCUCCUGUCUCACCUCCUGUCUCACCUCCUGUCUCACCUCCUGUCUCACCUCCUGUCUCACCUCCUGUUUAGGACGGUCAUCACUCUCUUGAUCGUUUCUUUAAAUUCCCUUAAACUGUGAAUAAAUGAGACACUCGGAGAGCGGCGGAGGGUUCACGUCUUUUUAGAGUUCACUUUUCGAGGAGCGCUGACCUCCUGUCCGUCUGUGUGUCUCAGGGCCGACGAGGAGAACGAGUCUUCGUCCAGCGAGGACGAGGAGGAGGACAGGAGGAGGCUGAACGACGAGCUGUUGGGGAAAGUCUCCAGCAUAGAGAGUGAGGAGGAACCUGGGAGCUGCUUCAUGGCUCUGGUAAACACACACACACACACACACACACACACACACACACACACACACACACACACACACACACACACACACACACACUCCCCUCCGGGCCUGUUACAUGUAAACACUGGCCUUUGAUCUGAUUGGCUGUUGGCUGUGAUGUCACUCUCAGGUGGUGUCUCCGAGCUGUAACGAUGAACAGGUGGUGAAGAAGGAUCAGUGUCUGGUCCGAUCCUUCAGCGACUCCAAGUUGUGAGUUUGUUUUUGUUGUUUGUUUGUUUUUGUUGUUUGUUUGUUUGUUUGUUUGUUUGUUGAUUGAUCUCUGAUCAGAAAAUGAUCAGCUGUCUCACCCUCCUUCUUUCUGCUUCCUGUCAAUCUUCAGCCACACGGUGGCGAGGAGACAUGUCCACGCCGUCACCGCCUCCAGCAUCACCAGGGCGGAGUACUCCAGCAUGAAAGGUGGGACACUACAACUCCCACAAUGCAACAGGACAGCAGCUCGAUUCUCCCUCUGUGCCUUUUCUUCUGAGAUAUUUGUCCUCCUCAUCAUGUUUCUUCUCCUCCUCCUCCUCCUUCUCUCUUUCUCCUCUUUCCUUGCUCCUUUCACUUUUUUUAUCUCCUCCUCUCUUCCUCCUGCAUCGUUGUCCCUUUGUCCUCCUCCUCUCCUCCUCCUGUAGGUUAUGAGGCGGCCCAGGUGUUCCUGAGGAGCAGGGAGGUCCCUGAUGUUUGGAAGAUGGACAUGAGUCAGAUCCUGGACUCCUCCUCCAGUGAUGAUGAGGAGGAUGAAGAGGAGAAGGAGAGCGAUGAAGAAGAGGAUGAUGAAGAUGAGAAGAAGAAGAAGAAACACAUAAAAGAGGAGGUGAGGGAGGUCUCCGUCCGUCCAGGUGUGACUGAUGAGGAGGAGGAGGAGGAGGAGGAGCUAACCUGUGUGUGUGUUUGUUUCAGCCGGAGGAGGAGCAGGACCCUGAGGAGCGAGACCACUUCCUGCAGCAGCUCUACAAGUUCAUGGAGGACCGAGGUGAGACUCCUUAGACCGUUUGGACCUGCUGGGUCGGUUCUGGUUAGUCCACCUGAACAGGAACCUUAGAGAAGACCGGGACUGACUCACUGUAGGACUCUGCCUCUAGUGGACGACGGAGGAAGUGCAGUCUCUAUAGUCUGUUAACCCGUCUGUUAAUCUGUCUGUUAACCCGUCUGUUAACCCGUCUGUUAACCCGUCUGUUAACUCGUCUGUUAACCCGUCUGUUAACCCCUCAGGGACCUCCAUCAACAAGCCCCCAGUCCUGGGUUACAAAGACCUGAACCUGUUCAAGCUCUUCAGACUCGUCUAUCAGCAGGGGGGCUGCCACAAGGUGAGCGCCGCGCCCCCGUGUCCGACGCUGCGUCUGAGUUUCCUCAGAGGUCGGAGCUGAAAAUGUCGUCACACCCGAGUUCUCGGAGUUUCAGUCACGAAGUCGGAAAAAACAAGAUGGCGACGUCUGCGGAAGUUCUUUUAACGCUCACCGUUUAUCCGGACAACGAAGCGCUAAAAUAACCUCCGUAGAUCUCGUAGACGACGCCAUCUUGUUUCCUCCUCUGAUUAGUUUUUUGAACUCUGACGACAUUUUCAGCUCCGCCCUCUGAGGUCACUCCAACGCACCGUAACCAUGAAUACCUGGGUGAUGUCACUUCCUGCUCAGUGCACAGUUGUCUGAACGUGUUGUUGUUGUUGUGUGUUUGUGUGUUGUUGUUGUUGUUGUUGUUGUGUGUUUGUGUGUUUGUGUGUUGUUGUUGUUGUGUGUUUGUGUGUUUGUGUGUUGUUGUUGUGUGUUUGUGUUGUUGUUGUUGUGUGUUUGUGUUGUUGUUGUUGUGUGUUUGUGUGUUUGUGUGUUUGUUGUGUUGUUGUUGUGUGUUCAGAUCGACUCGGGGACGGUGUGGAAGCAGAUCUACAUGGAUCUUGGGAUCCCGGUCCUGAACUCUGCAGCGUCCUACAACGUGAAGACGGCCUACAGGAAGUAAGAGCGCACGCACACACACAUGCACACGCGCACACACACACACACACACACACACACGGUCUGACUCUCUGAUCGCCUGAAAACGUCGAUCACCUCGCCGAGUUAAACUCAAACGUGGCGUUUUCGUCCUCAGACGUCAGUUUUGACCUUUUAGUUUCAAUGAUUCAGUUUCUAUGAACCACGAGAAUCUCGGCGCCACUUUGAAGGUUAAGACGUGUUUCAAACGGGAUCAUGUGACUCUGAAGAGCCUCCAAUAAAAGAGCGUCAGUCUGACCGACAGUCUGAGCUCCAGGAGGAGACAGAGGCGUGGCGUGGGGAGGCGCGGUGAGGCGCGGCGUUUGAAUUUCUCCUGAAGAAACUCGUGAUCACUCUGUCUGUCAGAGAGCGUUACUCGAAGAUGAUUGGGCGGGGCUCCGAGGGUCAUGUGACCCGGUGGAGGUCAGGGGUGAUGAUGCAGAGAAAGGUUUCGCUCACUUGGACUGAAGUCCUGUGAUGUCACUUCCUCUUGGCUGUCUGACCUGAUUUAAAUCUGUAUGUUCGAGGAUGAUUGACAGGUCAGACUCCGCCCUGCUGUAACUGACUCAGUUUCCCAUCAGCCCCCAGUGUGUUGACGAUGUACUUCCUGUCCGCAGGUACCUGUACGGGUUCGAGGAGUACUGCCGCUCCGCCUGCAUCACCUUCAGGACAAUCCACCACAACAAUCCCCGCCCCCCUGCCACACCAGCCAAUCUGAGGCCGGUGGGGGCGGAGUUUAAGGAGUCCUUCGUGCCACCUUUGAAGACGGAGCCUGUGGACGCCAAGAUGGAGGAGGCGGAGUCAGAAAGUGAGAGCGAGAAGGAGGAGGCGAAGGAGAGACAGGCAUCACCGAGGGUGAGACCACCUUUACUCCUCUGACUCCUCCUUUACUUCUCCUGUGUUCUCCUCCUUUCUCUCCUCCUUUCUCUCCUCCUCUCUCUCCUUUCACUCCUCCUUUCUCUCCUCCUCUCUCUCCUUUCACUUCUCCUUUCUCUCCUCCUUUCUCUCCUUUCCUCCUUUUACUCCUCCUUUCACUCCUUCUUUCACGCCUCCUUUCUCUCCUCCUUCCACUCCUUUCACUUCUCCUUUCUCUCCUUUAACGCCUCCUUUUUCUCCCUUUCACUCCUCCUUUUCUCCUCCUUUUCUUCCUUUCUCUCCUCUCUCUCCUUUCACUCCUCCUUUCUCUCCUCCUUUACUUCUCCUUUCUCUCCUCUCUCUCCUUUAACGCCUCCUUUUUUCUCCCUUUCACUCCUCCUUUCUCUCCUCUCUCUCCUUUCACUCCUCCUUCUUCUCCCUCUCUCUCCUUUCACUCCUCCUUUUCUCCUCCUUUUCUUCCUUUCUCUCCUCUCUUUCCUUUCACUCCUCCUUUUUCUCCUCCUUUCUCCCCUCUGUCCUUGAACGUCUCCUCGUUAUUCUGAGUCUCCUCCUCCUGUUUGUGUGUUUCAGGGGAGAAGGAGGUGUGUUGGGAGUCAGGUGAAGGCAGAGAGAGAGUCUCCCUCCAGACCAGAGAAGAGAGGAGGAGGAGGAGGAGGAGGAGGAGACAACAGCGAGGAGCAGAGGGAGAUGAGGAGGCGCAGCAGCAGGAGAAUGGAAGACUCAGAGAGAGGCUCUGAGGAAGAGGAGGAGGACGAUGAUGACGAGGAGGAGGAGGAGGAAGAGGAGGUGGAGAGGAGGAGAGGAGACAGGUGAGGCUGUGUGUGUGUGUGUUUGUGUGUGUGUGUGUUUGUGUGUGUGUGUGUUUGUGUGUGUGUGUGUGUGUGUUUGUGCGUAUAGUUGUGUGUGUGUGUGUGUGUGUUUGUGUCUGUCUGUUUGUGUGUUUGUUUGUGUGUGUCUGUGUGUUUGUGUGUGUUUGUGUCUGUUUGUGUGUUUGUUUGUGUGUGUUUGUUUGUGUGUGUUUGUGUGUGUUUGUGUCUGUUUGUGUGUUUGUUUGUGUGUUUGUUCACAAAACCACAAAGAAUUUCAGAGUAAAAAUGUAAAUCCAGUUUAAUCCGGUCUGUGAACACUGACGGUUUCUGUCUGUGUGUGUGUGUGUGUGUGUGUGUCCGUGUGUUUGUGUGUGUGUUUGUGUGUGUGUGUCAGGAGCGAGGGCGAGGAGGACGAGGACUCGUUGGCGGGGACGAAGGUGAGGGUGAAGUACGGUCGAGGAAAGACUCAGAAGAUCUACGAAGCUCACAUCAAGAAGACGGACGUGGACAACGGCGAGCAGUUCUACCUCGUCCACUACUACGGCUGGAACGUCAGGUGAGUCCGUCAACGGGUGGGAGGAGUCAGGGUGUGCAGGAGGCGGAGCCUGUACUGAGCAGGUGUGUCUGACCCUCAGGUACGAUGAGUGGGUGAAGGCCGACCGCAUCAUCUGGCCCGUGGAGAAAGGGACGAAGAAGAGGACGAGGAAGAAGGUGAAGGUGAGCGUGGACGGAGGGUCAUGUGACCUUCUCUGACGGACAGGUGUGACCAUGACUGUCCUCACCUGUCCUCUUCUGUCCCCACAGAACAAAGACAAGGAGGAGUCUGAAAAGGAGCGAGACGAGGAGAAGACGCCCACCACGGCGAAGCCGCCAGGAGCGAAGCGAGGUCGUCCUCAGAUCAGGACCACGCCCACCGGCCCCCCAGGACGCAGCGUCUCUAAAACGCCGAGUACUGAUGGACGGUCCAACGGCAGGAGCAGGACGGAGACCGCCGGCGCCAGCAUGUCCAACGGAGACAGUAAGACACACUGAGCAUGCUCAGAACCACAGCGUAUGUAGGUGUCUUUCUCUGAGUUUAAUAAGCUCCUCCCCCUGCAGACAUUCCUCGCCGGAGGACACGGAGGACGUCAGGGAGGUACGACUCAGACAGAGCGUCAAACGGUGAGAACAGAACCACUUCCUGUUUCCUGUUGCUGAUCAGACACUAACCUGUCGUUUGUCUCCUGCAGAGGAUUCUGGGAACUCAUCAGACGACAGCGAAUCAGAAGAGCCGCCUGACAAGAAGCCGUCUCCAUGGCGAGGAAGAGGUGAAGCCCCGCCCAGCCAGCAGGAGGAAGAGGAAAGGGAGGCGGAGCAAGAGGAGGAGGAGGAGGAGGAGGAAGAGGAGGAGAGAAGCGAGGACGCCGUCGUUCAAAAGGUCGCUCACCCUGACAUCACUGUCACCACGGCAACAACAGCUCAGCUUCCUGCUGUCACUGCCCCUCUGUGUCCCAGCAUGCCUCAGGAGAACCAAUCAGAGAAGAAGGAGGCGGAGCCUGGGGAGGCGCCUGCCGAGGCUCCUCUGGACAAAGAAGACAAAACGUCUCCGCCCCAGGACGCCGUCAGCAGGACGCCGUCUGUUCUCGACAGGAACAAGAUGUCUCCUGGACAGGAAGUUCUCCCAAAGACGUCCCCCAGCAGGGCGUCGCCCCUCCCUGACAGGACCAGCAAAACCUCGUCUCCCACCGCCGCCAUCGCAUGUGCCGCCGCCGCCGCCUCCUCCCCGGACAAACAGAAGGCGUCGUCGUCCCCUCAGCCCGCUCCUGCAGACGAGGAGGAGCGGUCCACCCCUCUGUCCUCCCCCAGGGUCAAAGGUCGCAGGACCAACCUCAAAGACACAGCCCCUGAGACUCCGCCCAGAACGCCACUCUGCACUCCCAGCUCCGCCCCAGCUAUUAGCCCCUCCCACAUCGCUGUGAUGACCUCACCACCUCGUGGCGUCCUGAAGAGACAGGACGAGCCAAUGGUGGUCCUCCGCUGUCUCCCCACCCAGCACCUCCCCCCUGAGACUCCCGCCGCCGCUGCCGCCGACUCUGACACCGACUCCGCCUCCGAGGAGGAGGGGGAGGAGUUACCUGACGAGCGGAGCAGCUCGGCGCUGAAACGGAAGGUCGCAGGUCAGGGAACAGCAGAGAAGAAGCUCCGCCCCGACAGGAAGCAGGAGGAGGCCGCCUCCCCCAGAACACCUCCUGCUCCAUCCAAGAUGGCCGCAGGAGCGUCUCCCAAAACCCUCCCCUCCCCUCUGCGGCGGGGGGAGGCGGAGCGAAGGAGCGAGGGAAUGGUUAAAGGAGAGGAAUGGCCCCGCCUCUGCGAGGAGAAACCACGAGAGGCGUCCGCGGAGAGGCUGACGGGCGGGGCCACGGAGGAGCCCCAGGUGCAUGCUGGGAUGCCAGUUCCUGCUGUAGAGGCUCUUGGCCCCGCCCCCUCAGAGGAGCUGGAGCCGCAGAUCGGCCCCGAGGCGCUCGUCUGCCACGAGGUCGACCUGGACGACCCCGACGAGAAGGAGAAACUGUCUCCGCCUCCAGAGCACCUCCUCCUGAUGAUGAGGGAGCAACCGGCGCCGCUGACCCCGCUGAUCCACACCCACCUCCCCCAGCCUCAGGUCAGACCUCUCCUCGCCACGCCAAGCUCCGCCCCCUGCCCCGAAGAGCUCCACUCAGCCCGGAGCGCCGCAGAGGAGGAGAGAGGAGCGGCGAGGAGAGAACAGGAGGGAGACUCCAGCCCGUCCUCGUCCACCUCCACCUCGCUGCUGUCGCUGCAGGACGCCAAGGACCGAGGUAAGCCACACCCACACCGCCUGACCACCUCCACUUAACAGGCAGCCCUCUGAUUGGUCAGCUGUGUAGUAACCUGUGUGACCUUUGACCCCUCAGGUCACAAAAGAGUGAUGGACUGUAACACGAGUCCGACGGCGAAGAAACACAAACGCAACCAGAAACGACCGCACACGCCGGGGAAGGCGGACAAGAACGGAGCAGGUGACCACCACUCUGAUCAUUAUUGAUUAUUAAUCAUUAUUAAGUCAUUACUUUUCUCCAUCAUUACUGUUUCCAUGGCAACGCUCCACGCCAAAAAGCAGCGAAAAUUUCCCGAUGUUAGCGGAUAGGAGAGGGCGAGGCCAUACUCUGACGUAGAAGCGCGAUUCAAACAUCCAAACGUCGACCGCGGUCCUGUGGUUUCAAACGUGUCGACGGCGCGUCGAUAUCUGGAACGGUUUGGUCACAGGAAGUGUUGGAGCGAGGGGCGCAAACGAGGAAGGGAAGUGAACGUGUCAUCCCAGUUUUUAAUUUCUAAAUCGCCGCCACGGCCACAAUUUUCCCUCGACACCCACAAAUCAAACAUCAGAACGUAGGGAAUCUCCCCGCCGGACAGGAAAUGGCGACCUUAAAGCCGUGAGACGCUCACUUUCUAACCUACGAGGUUUUGUUUGGGAGGAGCUUCCUGUUUCACCGCCAUCCACCGACUGGCGCUCCCGUCUAAACCGUGAAGCGUAGAAACUCGUCCCUCUGAAAUGUCGUCGCUGUAUUCGAGCAGUCGCUCACGGUUCGGAGUUUUUUCCGAUACGACAUGUAGUUUGUCGGCAACGAGCCGUUUUGUCGGCACUACUGAGAAAUCAAGAUUCCUAUAAUGGAGCUGCUGAAAACAUGGCGUGGUCUCCAUAUUUGAAGCUUGGCUGUGAUGUCAUACUUUGAGGUAGAAAUGUGAUUUGAACUCUGACCUUUAGAUGAGACUUGAACCCUUCAACCUGCGAAAACCGCAUUUCAACGUCUCUGACGGUUUUCCCACAAAUUGAGUUUGUUUGAGCGGUCCUGUUCUAAGCUGUCACCAUGGAGACGAGGCCCGCCCACCUGGUAUCGAUUGACAGCUGUCAGACGGAUCAGAUUCAUGACAAAGACCUGAAAUCAUCAACGCUUUGACACAUCAGCUCCAUAUUUAAGACACACCCCCCUCUGCAGCCAUCUUGGAUGUCCCCACCAUCCCCAAACAGGAAGUGGCCCUAAACGCAUUAAUGCCCUCAGUGAUCUCCACCCAAAACAUGACCUGAAUGUGAAUAAACCGGCGGCAAGCAGCAGCCAAUCAGCAAGCGGACAGGAACACGUCAAAACUUCCUGGAAUUUUAUUAUUAUUAUUAUUAUUAUUUAUUUUUUAUUAUUAUUAUUACUGUUAUUACUAUGAUUAUUAUUUUUUAACUGUUAUUGUUAUUAACAGGUUUAUCAUUAUUAUUAUUAUUAUUAUUAUUAUCAUUGUAAUUAUUAUUAUAAACGUCGCCGUCGUCGUCGUCGUUGUCGUCGUUGAUGUUGUUGUUGUUGUUGCCGUUCUCUGUUUGGGGGUCGGUGGUCUCCUGAGGUCUUUGUGGACCCUCAGAGUUUCUGACCCGGCUCCCUCAGGUCCAUCAGUGUUCGUUCUCGCUCACGGUUUUAAGUUUGAUUUCCUGAAUAUCUGGUGGAGCCCAUGUGACCUCGGUCGCCAUGGAAACCCAGAGAGAGGACAAACUGACCCAACAAACACACCCGUCCAAUCACCUUUAACCUUUGACCCCUGUCUGCCCUCAGGUCACAGCAGUGACAGCGAGGACCAGUCCCGGGUCUCGUCUCUGACCCAGAAGUCUCAGAAGUCUCGCUGUCCCGGUCUGUCGUCCCCCCCCUCCAAAGACAAACACAACUUCUCUCCUCAGAGGACCUACAAGUGGACCUUCCAGCUCGGUAAAGACUCACUCUCACAGGUUCUGGUUCUGGUUCUGGUCUGUCAGACUCGGUCUAACCUUCUGCCCCCCCCCUCAGAUGAGCUGGACUCCAUGUCGAGCACAGAGAGGAUCUCCUUCCUGCAGGAGAAGCUGCAGGAGAUCAGGAAGUACUACAUGACCCUGAAGUCGGAGGUGGCGUCCAUCGACCGGCGCAGGAAACGGCUAAAAAAGAAGGAGCGGGAAGGUAGGGGGAGCCGCAGUGCAUGCUGGGAAAACGCUCUGACACACAGUCCAGGGUGGUACUGAUGCUGCGUUUGAGUUUCCUCUGAAUCCAGACGUCGGAAAAUGACGUCAAAACCCGAGUUUCCAACGCCAAGUCGGAAAAAAGCGAAAAUCGGAGGAAGAAACAAGAUGGCGACAUCUACGACGUUUAUUUAUUUUUUCUGCUUGGCUUAUGUUUUCGGACAAGACAAGCGCUAAAAUAACUUUCGUAGAUGUCGCCAUCUUGUUUCUUCCUCCGAUUUUCGCUUUUUUCCGACUUGGCGUUGGUAACUCGGGUUUUGACGUCAUUUUCCGACAUCUGACUUCAGAGGAAACUUGAGACUCGUCACAUCGUCACAAAGUUGUGACGAUGUUGUGGUGGGCGGGGUCAUCGGGUAAACUUUAGUUGUAUGCCCCACCCACUCUCUGCCCUUGUCCAAUCACAUGCCAGCGUUCUUCAGCGUGGUCAUUUCCUGUGUCUGUGUCUCCGUCAGUGUCCAACACCACGGCGUCGACCUCCUCCGGCUCCUCGGACACCGGCAUGAGUCCGUCCUCGGCCUCGCCCACUCAGAACACGGUGGCCGUGGAGUGCAGGUGAUGACACGCCCACCCAGGCCCCGCCCAUUCUCGCACAUAACCCGGCCCUGCCCUCGUCUCGUCACAGACUCCGCCCACUCCGCCAGCUCUGAGGUCAGAGACUGAACCCACUGAUGCAGGGGCUGAUGGGAGCGGCACAAGCCCCGCCCCCUCAGCUAUGAACUGACUUCCUGUUUGAGGAGAGCGAGAAUCAGCCGUCUGUUCGGCGCCACAGAGGACGUCUUUGUUUCCUCGCUUCCUUUCCUUCUUUCCUUUCCUUCCUUCCUCCAGGAUGUUUCCUCAUUAAAAAGUGGUCAGAGGUCAGAGGUCAGCACGGCUCUUUAUGCAACUUCCUGUUUGCCCCCCCGAUAUUUUUGAAGAAGAGAGAGAGUCGGCGUGCUGCGGGCGAUCGAGAACUUUUAUAAAAACAAACAGAGACUUUUAUUUUGGUAAAAACACGGAUGAUGAUGACGAUGAUGAUGAAGGUCACAGGUGACCCGGUUCUGCUCCUCCUCCUCAUCAGUUUGAAGUUCUGGUCCAGAUCCCGUCUCUGAACUUCGGCUCCAUGAGCUCCUGUCUCCUCCUCCUCCUUUUCUUCUUCGUUGGUUUUCUUCUUCCUCUUCUGCCUGGAGGACCUCUGCUGCAUUACUUCCUGUCCUCUCUUCUUCCUCUUCUGUGGCGCUCAGACAGACAGACGGACAGACGGCUGGUUGGCGCUCGUGUUUUCGUUGUUUGUACAUAAAGAAGAAAUAAACCCCGCCCCCUCCCUCCUACCUGUAUUUGAAGAGCAGAAGAAGAAGAAGAAGAAGGUUGUUGUUGUUUCUGUAAAGAAUGAUUUCUAAUAUUUUUUAAGACGAGAAGACUCUUUGUACUCUUGGAUUAUUAUUAUUAUUCUUCUUCUCUUUGACUCCGCCUCUCUUUGCUUUUUUUCUAUGUGCUGUUUUUGUUAGAGACACACUGUAAAUACACACACACACACGCACACACACACACACACACACACAGAGGAGAGUGUGUGUGUGUGUGAGGAGAACAGAGAUCUCUGUUUCUAAUAAAGUUUUUAAAUCCGUCCUC